GGCGGCGGGCACAAUCCUCGCUUGGCUGCGGCUCUCGGGUGUCCCAGGCCCGGCCGGUAAGCAGAGCAUGGCGGGUGCGGGCCCGAAGCGGCGCGCGCUAGCGGCCCCGGUGGCCGAGGAGAAGGAAGAGGCGCGGGAGAAGAUAAUGGCCGCCAAGCGCGCGGACGGCGCGGCGCCGGCAGGCGAGGGCGAGGGCGUGACGCUGCACCGGAACAUCACGCUACUCAAGGGCGUGGCCAUCAUUGUGGGCGCCAUCAUGGGCUCGGGCAUCUUCGUGACGCCCACGGGCGUGCUCAAGGAGGCAGGCUCGCCGGGGCUGGCGCUGGUGGUGUGGGCCGCGUGCGGCGUCUUUUCCAUCGUGGGCGCGCUCUGCUACGCGGAGCUGGGCACCACCAUCUCCAAAUCGGGCGGCGACUACGCCUACAUGCUGGACGUCUGCGGCUCGCUGCCCGCCUUCCUCAAGCUCUGGAUCGAGCUGCUCAUCAUCCGGCCUUCGUCGCAGUACAUCGUGGCCCUGGUCUUCGCCACCUACCUGCUCAAGCCGCUCUUCCCCACCUGCCCGGUGCCCGAGGAGGCAGCCAAGCUCGUGGCCUGCCACUGCGUGCAGAGAUCGAUGUCUUAUUGUGAUGAGUCUCGACUGUCAAAUCUUCUUCGGAGGAUCACCCCGGAAAACGACCGAGACCGAAGAUUGGCUACUGUAAAGCAGUUGAAAGAAUUUAUUCAGCAACCAGAAAAUAAGCUGGUACUAGUUAAACAAUUGGAUAAUAUCUUGGCUGCUGUACAUGACGUGCUUAAUGAAAGUAGCGAAUUGCUUCAGGAGUUGAGACAGGAGGGAGCUGGCUGUCUCGGCCUUCUUUGUGCUUCUCUGAGCUAUGAGGCUGAGAAGAUCUUCAAGUGGAUUUUUAGCAAAUUUAGCUCAUCUGCAAAAGAUGAAGUUAAACUCCUCUACUUAUGUGCCGCCUACAAAGCACUAGAGACUGUGGGAGAAAAGAAAGCCUUUUCAUCUGUAAUGCAGCUUGUAAUGACCAGCCUGCAGUCAAUUCUUGAAAAUGUGGAUACACCAGAAUUGCUUUGCAGAUGUGUUAAGUGCAUUCUUUUGGUGGCUCGAUGUUACCCUCAUAUUUUCAGCACUGAUUUUAGGGAUACAGUUGGUAUAUUAGUUGGAUGGCAUAGAGAUCAUACUCAGAAACCUUCGCUCACGCAGCAGGUAUCUGGGUGGUUGCAGAGUUUGGAGCCAUUUUGGGUAGCUGAUCUUGCAUUUUCUACGCCUCUUCUUGGUCAGUUUCUAGAAGACAUGGAAGCAUAUGCUGAGGACCUCAGCCAUGUGGCCUCUGGGGAAUCAGUGGAUGAAGACGUCCCUCCUCCAUCAGUGUCAUUACCAAAGCUGGCUGCGCUUCUCCGGGUAUUUAGUACUGUGCUGAGGAGCAUUGGGGAACGCCUCAGCCCAAUUCGGGCCCUCCAAUUACUGAGGCAUACGUAACAGAUGUUCUGUACAGAGUAAUGAGAUGUGUGACGGCUGCAAACCAGGUGUUUUUUUCUGAGGCUGUGUUGACAGCUGCUAAUGAGUGUGUUGGUGUUUUGCUCGGCAGCUUGGAUCCUAGCAUGACUAUACAUUGUGACAUGGUCGUUACAUAUGGAUUAGACCAACUGGAGAAUUGCCAGACUUGUGGUACCGAUUAUAUCAUCUCAGUCUUGAAUUUACUCACGCUGGUUGUUGCUGUAGCCCGUGCUGUUUAUCAAGCAAUGCUCAGCUUGAAGAAUAUUCCUGUUUUGGAGACUGCCUAUAAGUUAAUAUUGGGAGAAAUGACUUGUGCCCUAAACAACCUCCUGCACAGUCUGCAACU